AUGUCGACGAUGCGUACGUCGUGUUCGACGCUUUCGGGCGUUAAAUCGAUCGCGCGCGUCAAAAACGCGACGGUUUCGCGAUUCGAUCGAAAUCUUGCGCGAACACCCUUCGCGACGUCACGAGCGCGCAUCGUCGUGAGCGCGAGCCGAGACGCCGCGGAACAAUCCGAAGACGUCUUACGCUCGUGUCUCGACGCCGUCGCGAGCGGUGACGCGGAGGAGCUCGAGCGGUGCUUGCUCGAGUGCGACGAAGCGCUGGAGGCGACGGGUAAAGGCGUGAGUUCGACCGAGGUCGUGAGCGAACUCAGGAAGCGCCCGGAGGUGAACACCGAUGAAUUCUGGCGGGAAAAGUUGAAAGAGCUGAGCGCGGAGCGGGUUUUCGAGGAUUGCAUGACUGCGGUGAUGCGCGGCGACGUGGAUGAGGUCGAGGCGUGCAUCUUCGACGCCGAGAACGACGAGUUGUUGAAGUGA